ACCUGGCGUCCACUUCCGGAGUCCCGCGCGUUGGUGACGGACCAUGGUCGCGCUAGGAUUGGCGCUUGGGCUAGUGAUGCCUUUAAUCUUGUGGGUCCGAAGAAGUGCAGGUGUUGAUUUUAGCUUUGCUUCGUACAUCGAUAAUUCCAUGGUACUGCAGAAGGAGCCUGCUGGGGCGGUGAUCUGGGGCUAUGGCAUAGCUGGAGCCACAGUGACGGUGACUGUGGGCCAAGCGCAGGAGACAGUCAUGAAGAAAGUGACACGUGUGAAAGCAGACUCUAAUACCUGGAUGGUGGUACUGGAUCCUAUGAAGCCUGGUGGGCCUUUUGAAGUGAUGGCAGAACAGACCAUUGGGAGAAUGAACUUCACCCUCAGAGUUCAUGAUGUCUUAUUUGGAGAUGUCUGGCUUUGCAGUGGGCAGAGUAACAUGGAGAUGACUGUUUCACAGAUAUUUAAUGCUACAAGAGAGAUGUCUGAUACUGCUGCCUAUCAGUCUGUUCGCAUCCUCUCAGUUUCUCUCGUUCAGGCAGAGCAGGAGCUGGAGGACCUUGCUGGGCUUGACUUGCCGUGGUCAAAGCCCACCUCAGAAAACCUAGGCCAUGGAAAUUUCCAGUACACGUCAGCAGUGUGCUGGCUGUUUGGGCGUUACCUGUAUGAUACCCUACAGUAUCCCCUCGGACUGGUCUCCUCCAGCUGGGGUGGGACACCCAUUGAAGCCUGGUCAUCUCAAAGGUCACUGAAAGCCUGUGGAAUCUCUAAGCAAGGGUUCAUCCCACCUGACUCUCUGGGAGGCCCCAGUAAGCAUUCUGUGCUCUGGAAUGCCAUGAUCCACCCGCUACGUACUAUGGCCCUGAAAGGCAUGAUAUGGUACCAGGGGGAGUCCAAUACAAAUUACAACAUGGACCUGUAUAAUUGCACCUUCCCGGCACUCAUUGAGGACUGGCGCCAAGCCUUUCACCAUGGCUCCCAGGGACAGACAGAACGUUUUUUCCCAUUUGGAUUUGUCCAGUUGUCUUCAUAUUUGUCUAACACCACCUCAGGGGAUGGAUUUCCCCAAAUCCGUUGGCACCAGACGGCAGACUUAGGCUUUGCUCCCAAUGUAAGGAUGCCCAACACCUUCAUGGCUGUCGCGAUGGAUCUCGGUGAUAGGAAUUCUCCUUUCGGCAGCAUCCAUCCUCGAGAUAAACAAACUGUGGCCUAUAGGUUGCACUUGGGUGCCCGUGCUGUGGCUUAUGGUGAGAAGCAUUUGACUUUCCAAGGACCACUGCCUGAGAAGAUGGAGCACUUGGUUGACAAGGGGCUGCUCAACCUCACGUAUUACCAGAAAAUCCAUGUCCAGAGGCAGGACAACAAGAUAUUUGAGAUCUCAUGUUGCAGUGACCAUCAGUGCACUUGGCUCCCAGCUCCCAUGAAUGCUUCCACUACCUGGACCCUGGCCCUGGACGUCUGCCCUUGUCAUGGCACUCUGGGUGCUCUCCGCUAUGCCUGGACCACAUGGCCUUGCGAAUAUAAGCAGUGUCCCCUGUACCACCCCAGCAGUACCCUGCCAGCUCCUCCUUUCGUUGCUUUCAUGACGCACCAGACUCCUGGACAUCACAGCAAGGAUGCCAGAUGAUCUAUGGCAAUAUGAUCAUAUCCUGGAGAUAAGGGUGGGUGCUUUGGAUUUGGGCAUUUAGUGGUUUCAAUGAUGAGUACUGUUGCUUUUAAAGUAAAUUAAUAGAUAAGCCUCACUGGAUGGCUCCCAGUCAGAGCCGUCAUUAGCUGCCGUCAAGUUGCUGUUGACUCAUGGUGACCCCACACAACUUGAUAAAGUGCUGCUGGGUCCUGCGUCAUCCCCCACAUCAAUUAUGUAUUAGAUCAUUGUGAUUCAUAGUGUUUUCAUUGGCUGAUUUUUUGGAAGUAGAUCA